AUGGCUGAACCAACACUUGAUGAAUUAAAACAACAACGAGCUUCUACUAAAGGAAGUAUAUCUCGGAUAAAGAAUAUCGUGGAAUCCAAUUCUAACGCCCUAACUUCAACUGAACUUGAAUGUCGUCUAGGAAUUUUGGAGUCGUAUUUUAAACAAAUAUUAGCAUAUCAAACCAAAAUAGAAGUUUUAUUACCAACAGAUACUAGUAGAGGUGAAAUAGAAGAUUUGUACAUCACCGCAAAAACUAAAAUUCUUUCGCUUUUGGGUACUGGUAGACGAAGUAGUAUCGCAGACAUGACAGUUUCUACUGUCCCACAUACAAUUAGUCAUCUUCCAAAACAACGUUUACCAAAGUUUAGUGGAAGAUAUUCAGACUAUAAAAAUUUUAUAAAUUCGUACAACAAUUUGGUAGAAAAUGAUUUAAGUUUGAAAAAAAUAGAAAAAUUUAAUUACUUGCUUUCUUGUUUGAGUGAUCAAGCUCUUGGCACAGUUAAGGCUUUUCAAGUCACGGAAGCCAAUUAUCCCAAGGCACUUCUUAGUUUGAAAGAGCGCUAUGAUAAUGAUUGCCUCAUUUUCUUAGAAUAUAUCUCACAGCUGAUCGAAUUACCCAAGGUUCAAAAAGCUUCUUCUGUUUCUCUACGGAGCUUGGUAGACAAUAUUUCGGCGUUGAUUAGUUCGCUACUUUCUAUAGGAUCGCAUGAGAAUAUUUGUAACGCAAUAAUAAUUCAUAUUGCGAUGUCGAAGGUUGACACAGAUACACAAUCGAAGUGGGAUGAACAACUGGACUAUAAGAAUUUGCCGGAUUGGAAGGAUUGUGCAAGCAUACUCAAUAAACGAUGCCAAUAUUUGGAAGCAAGAGAUAGCAAGCAGAUUCGUUCGGAACAAUGCGUGAAGAUAUUCAACAAACAUUCAUCAACAAAGCCAACAAUAGUAAAUCCUCAUCGCCCACAAACUUCGCUUGCUGCAAACCAACGAUCCUGUAUCUUAUGUCGAGACCUUAACCAUUCAAUUACAAAUUGUAAAAAAUUUCUCGAGUUUUCGGUUAUGGAUAGAUUUUGGAAAACCAAGAAACUAGGCUUGUGUCUGAAUUGUUUAGGGAAGGGUCAUAGUGUAUCUAGAUGUCCGUCGUCUUAUAAGUGCAAGACUUGCAAACAAGCACAUCAUAGCCUUUUGCAUAGGACUCAGCCUGCAGACACCAAUUCUGGUAUUGAUACUCCCUCAGAUACAUCUGGUCAAAGCACAUCGGCUGCAACUCAUUCCGCAAUGGAAAAAGAGCAAGUUCCUGAAGCACAAGUUAUUUUAGCAACAGCAUUAGUUCUUAUCAAGGACUCAUCGGAAGACUUUCAACUCGGUAGGGUUCUACUAGAUUCUGGUUCGCAAGUCAAUUUUAUUAAUGAAAAGUUCGCCAAUUCACUUGGUCUAAGGAAACAUCGUAAGAAUGUUGACAUCGUCGGAAUAGGAGUGACUGAAACAAAAAUAAAAUAUCAAACUCAAUCAACAAUCCGUUCACGAUAUAGCAACUUUGAAAUUUCUCUCGAGUUUUUAGUUGCACCUUCCAUCACUGGGUAUCAGCCUGAAGCAUCUCUCAAUGUAAGCAGUUGGAAUCUACCUUCUAAUUUAGAGUUUGGUGAUGAGAAUUUUAAUCAACCGUCACAAAUCGAUUUAUUGUUAGGGGCUGAAGCUUUCUUCGAUUUAUUAGAAUCAGGUCAGAUAAAACUCGGAGAGGGUCUUCCAUCAUUGCAACAAACUGCAUUAGGAUGGAUUGUAUCUGGAAGAUACAAAUCAAAAUACAACACUUCAAAGAAAGCAUCGUGCGUAGCCAAUACACUUGAAGUUGGUCUUGAUAAAUAUUUUGAAAAAUUCUUUGAAUUUGAAGAAAUUCAAGGUCUACGGUCAAUAUGGUCUGAAGAGCAGAAUGAAUGCGAAAAGCAUUUCAUAGACACAAUUAAGGUGCUUCCUAGCGGUCGGCUUAUGGUACAACUACCUUUCAAAAAACAUCCUAGCUGUCUUGGAGGUUCUUACGAUAUUGCUUUUAGAAGAUUUUUGUCGCUUGAGCGUCACAUGUCUCUGGUUCCCAAUCCAAACCUUGAUGAAGAUCAUUAUUAUCUUCCGCAUCAAUAUGUAUUAAGGCCUGAUAGCGUAUCAACAAAGUUACGUGUAGUCUUCGACGCAUCUUGCCGCACAUCAUCACAAAUUUCUUUAAAUGGAAUACUAAUGGUGGGUCCUACUAUACAGGAUGAGCUUUUGAUUAUUUUGCUACGUUUUAGACUUUAUCGAUACGCGCUAACUGCAGACAUCGUUAAGAUGUAUAGGCAAUUCCUUGUGCAUCCAUCGGAUAGGAAAUUCCAAUUCAUCUUAUGGAGAGAAAACGAACAUACCCCAAUACAAACUUACCAGCUCAAUACCAUAACUUACGGCACAUCAUCUGCACCCUUUUUAGCAAUUCGCUGUCUUCAGUAUUUGGCUGAAAUUAACGUCGAACGUUUUAGUCAAGGUGCUGCUGUUCUUAAGUCGGACUUUUACGUUGAUGACAUGCUAACUGGGGCAGACGACUUGGAUACUCUUUGUCAAAAAAGGAAUGAAGUGGUUUCAAUUUUGAGUACAGCUGGCUUAGAACUUUCGAAGUGGAACAGCAAUCAUGUCGCUUUAAUUGAAGAAGCUACACCAAAGGACAUCAAAUUGACUGAAUCCAAUCUCACCAGUACGUUAGGUAUUUCUUGGAACCCUCGUGCUGAUGAAUUCAUUUUUUCAUACAAACCUAAUCGGGUCUAUACAAAAUACACAAAAAGAUCUAUUCUCUCGCUUUCGUCGUCUCUUUUUGAUCCAAUGGGCUUGCUUAGUCCAAUAAUUAUCCGGGCUAAGAUACUGCUACAACAGCUUUGGAUAGAAAAAUUCGAUUGGGACGAAAAUAUUUCUCCAAAUCUCGAGAUAGAGUGGCGUCAAUUCAUGACAGAUCUCAACUCAAUUCAAAAUCUUCCAAUUCCUCGAUACGUUUUUCUAGAAAACAAUAUCAGAUUCCAGAUACAUGGGUUCGCAGACGCAUCUAUAAAAGGGUAUGGCUGCUGCAUUUAUCUGCGGAGCAUUGACAAUAGUGGGUCCGUAGGAGUGAAACUUUUAGUCGCCAAAUCCAGAGUUGCUCCUGCAAAGAAGAGAACACUUCCCCGCCUAGAGCUCUGCGCAGCACAUCUCUUAUCCAAACUUUGGGUAACAAUACAAAGGGUCAUCGUCAAGCACUACAAUGAAACUUACUUUUGGACUGAUUCGUCAAUAGUUCUGCACUGGAUAUCCACACAUUCUUCGAAACUAAAUACUUUCGUUGGUAAUAGAGUAGCUGAAAUCCAGGACACAACAAAGAAGGUGGUCUGGAAACAUGUUCCAACUUCUGACAAUCCAGCAGAUAUAGUUUCUCGAGGAUGUACAGCGGAAGAGCUUAAAAGUUCAAUUUGGUUCAGGGGUCCAGAUUUCUUGAUCGAGGAUGAAGAAAGGUGGCCAUGUUCAUUAGGAGCUUCUCCUCCUCCAGAAGAUUUAUUGCUAGAACACAGGAAAACUGUUUUAGUUUGUCAAAAAGACAAAAACCAUUAUCUCAAUUUAAUUGAAAAGGUUAGCUCGUACACCAAAGUUUUGAGAAUCUUUGCUUACGUAAAAAGAUAUCUCAAUUUACGAUUACUGAGGAUUCCAUUCCCAGGUCGAUACCUUACAGCUGAGGAGUUAGAUUAUUCGUUACUCACCAUAGUUAAUGUCAUACAAAUGGAGUAUUUUGCGAAGGAGAUCCAGGCAGUAAAAUCAAACUCAAAACUUCAAGGAUCGACAAAAUGGUUAUGUCCUUUUAUCGAGGACAGAAAUGGUCUUUUGUUGUUCAGAGUAGGUGGCAGAUUGAAACAUGCUGACAUUCCAGAGGAAAACAAACAUCCGAUGUUGCUUCCAAAAGAUUGCAAUUUCAGCAAAGAACUUAUUCGAAAUUUGCACUAUUCUAACUACCAUGCAGGUCCAAAAGCUCUUGUGGCGCUAACGAGACAAAGAUUUUGGAUCAUCAAUGUUCGACAGUUGGCACGCAGCGUUAUUCGAAGGGCACCCAAUUUUGGUGGAAUUUGGGAAGCUGCAGUUAAAGUCGCUAAGGGUCAUUUGUAUCGCAGCCUUGGAAACGCCAAAUUGUCAUUCGAAGAGCUGUCAACUGCACUUGUCGAGAUUGAGGCCAUCAUGAAUUCGAGGCCUAUUACUUCUAUAUCAACAUAUCCGAACGACUUCGAAGCCCUAACACCAGCACAUCUCCUGAUCGGGUCCUCUCUCAAGGCGAUUCCUGAAUUAUUGACUGAGGUAUCCGACAUAAGCUCGAAAGGUGGCGGCGAAUUAACGCUGUCAAAACUCAUUUCUGGAAGCGAUGGUCCAACGAGUACGUCACUGAACUGCAAGGUCGUGGAAAGUGGACAACAUCAAGUCCAAAUAUCGCUAUCGGCAGCUUGGUCAUCAUUCACGAAGACAAUUUACCACCCCAAAAAUGGCUCUUGGGAAGAGUCACGAAAGUCAUCGAAGGUCCUGAUGGGCGAGUAA